AUGUUUUAAAUUGCAGUUAUAAUGACGUACAUAAACAUAACCAGCGUGAAGCUGUUCGUUAAAGUACAAAACGUGUUCGGCAUCUGCAAAGUCGCGGCUUGCCUUAUCGUCAUAGGAGGUGGAAUCUACGAGAUCGCUAGAGGUAACACAAAGAACCUAAACAAGGGUUUCGAAGGCAGCAAUAUGGAGGCGGGCGGUAUCGCAUUGGCUCUGUACUCUGGAUUGUGGGCGUAUGACGGAUGGAAUAGCGUCACCGUCGUCACUGAAGAGAUUAUUAACCCGGGAGUAAAUGUUCCACUUAGCAUAUCGAUAGCAGUCCCUCUAAUAACGGCUCUAUACGUGUUCAUGAACGUCGCAUACAUGACGGUUCUGAGUGUCACGGACAUGAUAUCAGUGCCUGCCGUGGCUGUAGCCUUCGGAGAGAUAGUGUUGGGAAGGGCUGCGUUUUUGAUACCCCUGGGAGUGGCUGUAUCGACUUUCGGAUGCGCUAUGAGUGUCCAAUUUGGUGUUACUAGAGUAUGUUACACUGCUGCUCAGGGUGGCCACAUGUUAGAGCUAUUCUCGUACGUCAAUAUGAAACGAUUGACUCCCGCCCCCGCAGUGGCCUUCCAGGCCAUCCUAACAUCAAUAUUUAUAGUAGUGGGCAACAUUAAGACUCUAAUAGAAUUCGCGUCAUGGUUCUUAUGGUUUUUCUACGGUCUUGCAAUGGUCGCCUUGCUCGUCCUAAGAAAAACACAGGCAGACAAAAUCCGACCUUAUAGAGUACCUACCCCAGUGCCAUGUUUUGUACUUUUAGUGGCGAUAUUUUUGUCCGUCCUGCCAAUUGUACAUGACCCGUCUAUUAAGUACCUGAUUGCCAUUGGUUUUAUUGUGAUUGGAGUCGCGGUGUAUACUUUGUUCGUGUAUUACAAGAAAACACCGAAACGGUUAUUAAGAAAACUAACAAUCCUGACUCAAAUAUUCUUGGAGAGCGUGCCACCGAGCCGAAAAGACUGAUUUUGUUUUAAGUUACGGAAUAGGAUACGAAGAAAUGCUAAUUAUAUAAUAAUACAAUGCAAUAAAUAGUAUUAGAUAUAUCCAACUGUUUUAGAGUUCUUAUUACUACAGAUUGCAAUAGGCAAAGUAUUACCUUAACUUACAAGUAAUAAAUAUAGAGUAGAUUUGAUGAUUUGACUACCUCGGUAGCUUAACGGUCUACAUUGUUGACACUGGAUAGCCAACUUU